GUGUCGUUAGAUGGGCGCGCACGCAGGCGACAGACCAGCCCACCGCCUCAGCCAUACGGCAUCCUCCUACACCGAGCGCCACGCUGUCAGUUUGCUAGUGCGACCCCCACCACUACCACCACCACUACCAGUAGGACUCGCCAUCUGGGUCCCCCAUUACCACUAUCUCCUCCAUCAGGAGAAACGCUGCCGCCAGUCCCCGUUCCUUCCUUCCUUCGUGGCACGCGUGUGGUUCUGUCUGCGACAACCCUUGGAGGGCCCUUUGGGUGCAGAGUAGUUGACGAUAAAGUUUUGCAUAUAACUCUACCGCAGUUUGUGGCCUCGUUGAGUGUGAGAGCGUGAUCAUUACCCAAUUGAAGAGACGAUGGAUUUUCAAGGAACGGAAAAGGGCGAACCCAUUCUCCUCUUUCUUGGCGUCGCCGGAUGACGGAACCGCUCGAGAUUUCCUGGAUUGACCCGACUUCUAUUUUCACGAAAAUGAAAUGUUUUGAAUUCUUUUCGUUGGACUGUUCUGAAACCAGUGCUGUGCCAAGUGUGUGAUUAACAGUUGCAAAGAGGGAUUAUUUGUGUGUGUGUGUGUUCUUUAGGAAAAUGCUUUUGCAAAUUCGAAAUAACUAAGUUUUAGGAAUGAAUAGAUCAUUGCAGAAGAGGUUGAAGUGAUACUGUGAUAUGGAUAAAGAGAACUUUUCUUCGUGUCUGUCAGUUUUAGGAGCAACAUGGUACUUCAACUGCAGUUUGAAUAUUCACUUUGUGUUUGUUUAUGAUUGUUAGAAAUGAGUACUGGCGUCGCUUCUCUGGAAGUCUAUGGUUACAGUGCAAGUGUGAAAUAGUUGCUUUGACAUCUGACCCUUUCAAAGUGCCUAUGCUUGCAAACAAGGUUUAUAGGGUGCCUUAAUUUAUUAUGCUCGAGCCGGGAUUGAGUGAGCGCUCUUUUGCCGCCUUGUUGGUGGAGCCUUCAGGCAGUAUGCUGGCGGGGGGCAACUCGACUCUCUCCCACACUUCUCCCAGGGGCACGGCCAAGAGCCCGUGCGUCGCUCCUCUGCUGAAUGGUUGUGACGAAGGCGGUGCCGGUGCGAGCGCUUGUGUCGAUCGCGAUGACGAUGGAGGGGGAGGAGGCCCCCAGGCCACCGGGGCGUCGUCGGAUCCUCUCCAUCAGCAACACCAGCAGCAGGUGAAUGACGGCCUCUCCGGAGGCCUUCCUGCAGCAGCUGUCGCUCUGCUGCCCCCGUCGACGUCUUCAUCGUCGACUUCCUGUAAUGUUCCCUCCUCAGGCAUCCCCCACGGGGGAGUCCUCGGCGGCAGUGGCACUGCCGCGGGUGGUAUUAUCAAAUCGGAGAAUCCCCUGGAGUCGGACCCAUACAGCCUGCCCACUGGGCCUUAUGCAUUGCCGUCGACGACCAACCUUUUCCCUCCCUCGUUGUAUUCCUCGCCGCCCUCCGGUUUGACUUCGAAUGUCCAUCACCACCAUUCGGCAGUACCUCAGACUCAUCAUCUGCACCCACCGGAGCAUCGAGACGUCUUCCCCUCGCCCUUCUCGACCCUCACUUUCCCAUUCCAGGUAUGUAAUGAUGAUGGAACGCCAGCGACCUAUGGUAGGAUUUUGUAUGGAUCAGACGACUUCAACCAGGAUUCCCCACGGUACACAUCUCCCAAACCUGGCGGGGCAUAUGGGGAUGCCUAUUUCGAUGGCGGGGUUGAUGUAUGGGGGGCGACCGGCGGUGGUGCUGGUGGAGCAGCAGCAGCAGGGGCAGGAGCUGUGGGUGGGAGUUACCCUUACCCUUCACCGUCCAUGAUGGGUCCCUCCUCACAUCUUAGCCAACCUCAUUAUAUACCACAGCACCUACAAGACCCCAUAGGAUAUGAUCAUAUGCCAAGUGGUCUCCCACCUAUGUCUACAUUUCGUGGGCCUGGAGCCAGCAGCACAACAGGUGGGGGAUCAGUGGCUACCUCUUCACCUUUAUAUACACACUCACCGGUGCCUAACCACACCCAGGCCACUCCUACAGCCAACACAGGAGAUGCUUUAGGCAAAGCAUUAUCAUCUAUUUACCCUGGGGAACAGACUUCGAGCAGCUAUAGUUCUAAUCCUGGUACCCCUGUAUCAGCCACGUCUCCUCCCCCUCUCACUUCAGGGGCAUCUAGUGGUGCCCCUCAACAGUGGCCUCAGCCUCACACUCCUACGUCACCUCAUUAUGACCGAUCUCUUCCAAUGCCACGUAUGGCAGAGGAGAACUUAGAGUCAGCAAUCGACUACCUUCGAGAUCACGGUAUUGAGACAUCAAGAAUAGAUGAGCGGCUGGAAGAUGCUGUUAAUGUUUUACAACGACAUGCAGAAACCUCUGGAGGAUUACCUGCUGGGCCCCAUUUAGGACCUCCAACACAUGGAGGAUCUUUACCACCAUACCCUGCAGGAUUGGAUUCACAUCUUGCUGGUCCACCAAAUUCUACCUUCACAACUUUAGGUUCCCAUUCCCAAGACCUGAAAGCUUUGGGCGUACCAGGAUUGGGUGAUGGUGUAAAAGAUAAACUAGAUGUAAAAGAAGAAUUAAGUACACACCUUCCAACAACUACAGUAGCAAGUUCUAUUGCUACAGGAACGAAAAGUGGAAAAAGAUCUCGAAGUUCUUGUUCCAGCACGGAGGAGGAUGAAUGUGCAGACCCUGAGACUAAAGCCUUAAGAGAGAAAGAACGUCGGCAGGCAAACAACGCAAGAGAGAGAAUACGAGUUCGUGAUAUAAAUGAAGCAUUUAAGGAAUUAGGUCGUAUGUGUAUGAUCCAUUGUAAGAAUGAUAAGGCGCAGACCAAGCUAAACAUUUUGCACAUGGCGGUAGAGGUGAUCACCACCCUGGAGCAGCAGGUUAGAGAACGAAACUUGAAUCCAAAAGCCGCUUGUUUGAAAAGACGUGAAGAAGAGAAAUCAGAUGGUUCAAAACUACCACCACCUCAUUUGCCUCACCCUUCCAGUAUGGCCCCGCCCUUUCCAAAUUUACCAGGUGAUCAUCUAAGCCAUGGUGGUGCAGGACCACAUUAGUGACACGACCACCACUGGCAGCAGUUGUAGUCUACCAGUAGCUACAAUGGGGUUAUGGUGCCUGCCCUUUCUUUGGAGGGGAUGGUGUACAGCUGAGCUGCUCGUCCUAAAGCCUGUGCGAGAGGCAAUGUGUGGCGCAUCCAUGUGGCAGGGGAUCGUGACAUAGGGCAAUUAUGUGUUUAGUGUAUAUUUUUAAGGAUCCGAGUUUGGCGAGGGAUGGAACAGUGUUGGACAGCUGUUGAGUCACCAGGGCCUCCCAUAACCUUCCCCUACCCUGCCCAGUGCAGCUCAGUGUGUGGUCUCUUGCGUGCGAUCUUCCACAACAUAUCUCGCAGCCAAUCAUAUCACAAGGCAGCCUAAGCUUGGUCAAUAUGUGACAGUGGUCAUAGCUUCACUUUUCUUGAAUUGUGCAAAAUAGUUAUGCCAGUCUUGGUGUGUAUCUGAGAUCCCAAAGAAUCUUUGCAAGGUUGAGAGAGGACUCAUAUUUGUUGUUAAGAAUAUGGAAAGAGUUAUAUAUUGAGUGACAUGAUGCCUUGAAGUGUGGAGUGAAGCUGAACAGUGAAGUUUAUGAAGGACAGAAAUAUGGCUAAUAUAUUCACCAGCUAUAUACUCUGGGCAACAGUUAUAAGACCGAGCAAUGAACCUGACUUUAUUAGGUUAGCAUUGUAUACAUAAUUACUAUACAUUGUGUACAGAAUGACUCAUUAUUUUAUUAAAAAAAAACAUUUUUAGGUAGGUGAUCAGAAAAGAAAUAUGUACAGAAUGCACAAUGCUAUUAUGAACAGAUGUCUUACAUUGAGGAUCAUACUAAUGAAGCUACCAUCAUAAAAGUUAGCUUCGGCUGUUGAGCAACUCCUCUUUAAUUGCAUAAUUUUAGUGUAGUUAUUAGUGCUUCCCAUUUUCCUGUGUUCAUCUGCUGACAUAUAUUUGAUUUUGUACUCAUUAUUUAAGAACUGGAUCCCUGUGUCCAUCUUUUUAAGUCAUGAGUGGAAGGAGGCGAAUUCAGUCCACAGUGCCUCAAUUGGUCAGAUUUCAUGGGGAAGUCAGUAAAAUUAUUUGGCAAUUAAUGGUAACUUAUUCUUCAGCUAGGAAAACAGCAGCUUAAAAGACUUUAGUGUAGCUUUAUACGAAAAACUUCUUGGUUUUGAAAAUUAAAUCCUUUGUACUGCAGUUCAAAAUUGCAGCUGAACUUAAAAUAUCGUGUGGCACGAGUGUUAUAAAAUAUGUUGGUCGCAAAAUGGUGCGGACUUUUUAUAUUGCCAUGCUAAAACAUUCCAAUUGAAGUGUUUAUGUAACUUUUGUUGGUAAAUGCAAACUUGGUCUGUGACCCACUACCAAUCCACUCAACUCUUGACUGCACUUGAAAUAUUAUUUACGGUGUAUAGAUAUCAGGAUUAUGGUAGUAUUUCAGGGGAGAAGAAAGGCUUAUUAAAUAUCCAGUUCUAUUGGAUAACAGAUUACCACUAUUAAGAAAUACAACCAUGAUUUGAUACUUAUACUAGACAAAUACCUUCUGCAUCAGUUUAUAAUUGUUUGUUCAAGGCACAGCUAUUUGGAGAGAUUUGAAGCCUCCAGUGUGAUUACAUUUGCUUUGGACUUGUCUAAUGAAUUUUGUUCAUAUCAGAUUUGAAAUUAUUUUGAAGAUUAUUAUAUUUUAGUGUGUUUCUCAAUCUUGUAGAUAUAAUUUUAUAAUAUUUUUAAAGACAUUGUUCUGUUACAGGAGCAGCCAACAAAAUAUUCACAAAAUUUUCUUGUGCAUUUUUUGAGAAACCUGAUUAAAAUUUUGUCAAAUAUUCCAUCCAUCCUGGUAUGCCUGAGACUUGCAGGAAUCUCCUGCUGUUCCUCGUGUUAAUGCUCACUUGGUUAAACUCUUACCAACUCACACCUACCCAUAUUAACUUCAUUUCCUCCAAGUUGAUGAAGAGGAAGAGGUUUGAGUCGGGCACCAAUCUGGCAUUUGCCUCAGAGCUUCCAGGCACUGUGGCACUUGACUCAGCCAGAUGACGUGAUGUGUACAAAUACUGUAAGAUGAGUGCAGUGGGCGCUGUGUCGGCCUAUCCACGAGGGUACUCAACAUGGACUUCAUCUGUAGAAUAAUAAAUGUGCCAUUUUGCAUUA